UACACCCAGCUACACAUGCCCCCUCAGAGCAGAGUGCUGAAUCCCACCAUCUGUUCCUCUGACGGACAGGAUCACACCACAGCAUCCUGCAGCAACAUGGCUCCAGCGCGCAAAAGCACAACGGAAAGAGUCCAAUCUGACAGAGAGAAGAGAAAACCUCUGGUGGAAAAGAAAAGAAGAGCUCGCAUUAAUGAAAGUUUACAAGAACUCAGAGUCCUCAUUUCGGACCCGGAUAUCCACUCAAAGAUGGAGAAUGCAGAAGUGCUGGAGGUCACUGUGAAACAAGUAGAAACCAUCCUACACAACCGCACUCAAGAGGUGGACGCUUUUAAGCGGGAGGCCAGUGAGCGUUUUGCCGCAGGCUACAUCCAGUGCAUGCACGACGUGCACACGUUUGUGUCCAGCAGUCCGGGGAUGGACCCAGCAGUGGCGGCGGAGCUGCUGAACCACCUCCUUGAGAGCAUGCCCCUAAACGACGAGCUCCGAGAGAAGCUCGGUGAGCCGGGUGAGGACGGAGCAAACAGCCUCGCAUGCAGCAGUACUGGGUUCCUAGGGUCCCCGGCUCUCUUCACCACCUCUCCCGAUGAACUCAGCUCUGACAUGGAUGAGACAGACUCGGAGCACGGCCAGGUCUCCUCAGAGGAGGCAGACACCCAGCAAGGGCCCUCUGCGGUCUUAACUUGCUCCAAUCCACUGUGGAGGCCUUGUUGGUGAAGGCUUAAGUUUGUAGGUGCACGACCUCAGUACAUCAGCUCUUUGAUGUUUAUCUUGAAACUAUUUAAUUAGAAAUUUAUAUAAUUUUUACAGAUACGGAAAUGGACCUUAUCUGUAAAUAUGGUCAAGCUUCUCUAGAUGUAUUAAUAGUUGCUCAUAACUU